AUGUCUUAUUCCACUCGCCAGAUCGGAGCUGCAAACACUCUAGAAAACAGAGUCUUUAUCGAGAAAGACGGCCAAGUCGUAUCUCCUUUCCACGACAUCCCACUUUAUGCUGACGAAUCCAAGAAGGUUCUCAACAUGGUUGUUGAAGUCCCCCGUUGGACCAACGCCAAGUUGGAGAUUUCCAAGGAGGAGAAACUGAACCCAAUUCUUCAGGACACAAAGAAGGGAAAACUUCGUUUCGUUCGUAACUGUUUCCCUCACCACGGAUACAUUCACAACUACGGUGCCUUCCCUCAGACAUGGGAAGACCCUAACGUCACUCAUCCAGAGACCAAGGCCAAGGGUGACAAUGAUCCAUUGGACGUUUGCGAAAUUGGUGAAGCCGUAGGUUACACUGGACAGGUCAAGCAAGUCAAGGUCCUCGGUGUUAUGGCUUUGUUGGAUGAGGGAGAGACUGACUGGAAGGUCAUCGUCAUCGACAUCAACGACCCAUUGGCUCCUAAGCUCAAUGACAUCGAGGAUGUUGAAAAGCACAUGCCGGGCUUGUUGAGAGCUACCAACGAAUGGUUCAGAAUUUACAAGAUCCCUGAUGGAAAACCUGAGAACCAGUUUGCUUUCUCUGGUGAAUGCAAGAACAAGAAGUAUGCAGAAGAGGUCAUUCAAGAAUGCCGUGAAGCCUGGGAGAAGUUGAUUUUUGGCAAAACCAGCCCUGGUGAGAUUGACUUAACCAACACCACUUUGCAAUCCACUCCAUCCUUCUCACCUUCAGCAACCUCUGCUGUUCCAACUGCUAGCCCAGCCGCUCCUGCUAAGAUUGACCAAUCUAUUGACAAGUGGUUCUACAUUUCUGGUUCUGCUUAA